AUGAUGCAAGAAUCCUACAAAUUCCAAGUGGACUGUCGAGGAGGCGAUGGAAUUCAAUUCGAAAUAAGCCCGGACCAAACACUUCUGCACAUGAUGACUUUGAUUUGCGAGGAGUGGCUUGAUGAUUACCGUGACGGCGAUGGCGCAGUUUAUGGUCACUUGUGGAAAUUUGUGAGACACGAUCAUACUGAAUAUGGACGUGAGGAUACUACUACUACUACUGCUGCUACUGCUAGUACUACUACUACUACUGCUCCUACUAGUAAUACUCAUCAGUGGACCCAGGAGCAAAAAAUGGCCUUGGACAAUUACUUGAUGACCCGAGGCGAAUUCCCGGAUUCUCUCCCAAUCAAUGUUCCGCUGAAACGAUUUCGAUGGUGGAACAUCGGGACCAGCGUCCCUGUCGAAUAUGAUUAUGGAUCCACAACCAGCUUUCAUGUCCGUUUGGUUGCCAAGCAAACCAUUGCGGAUGACAUUGUGCUACCCAGAAUUGCUUUAGAUGAAGCGGACAAAGUAGCCGAGACAUUCGUUCCAUUUGUGCCCAAGGCAGGAAGUCCCAACGUCAAUGAAAUCUUCCCUCAUGCGAACAAGAUGAUGUUUCAGAUGGGUUCCAAGUGGUUGUGCCCUUAUCCAUGCUCGCCUACCAGUGGAGGCUUUGUGGAAGGCAAGGGCGGCGAUUCCGAUCUAAUUUUUAUUCCAGAACCAUUUGAAAGCUUGCAGCAUGCCUUGAUUGGUAUGGACAAGGUUGCCGCAAAAUGGCCCCAGAACAAAGGAUACUCGCGCUCUGUGUUUGCGAUGGAGCUAUCGGAACGAGGUGAAAGGUACUACACGGAACGGGGCAAACUUAUUCAGGAAUACUUGGACUUUGCAGCGAAUAAUGAUACAGACAGGAUCGGUAUCAGCGAUAUGGGACAUCUAUCCGACUACAUUCAGUACCAACUUUUUUGCCCGGAGGUGUCAGUCUUUUACCGCCUGACCAAGGAAGAUGUGAAAAACUUUGAACCAGCAGCAGCGAAAGUGGACGAAAUCUUUCCCCUGUGUGCAAAAGUCUACAGGAACGGAGUGUGGGCGAGCUACCACCGGGGCAAGGUGAAGAUCUGCAAAGGGAAUGACUCGGGUGAACGUGGAGUUCCCAAAACGGUAUUGGCCCAGGUGGCUCACCAAGUCACUUCGUUGCAUGACUUUUUCUGUGUCUGCGAAGCUCUACUCCAGAGAGUGGAAAGUAAUAAAGUCUUUUCGAACCUCAAGAAGACCGUUGCAUUGGAUCCACACUUGAUCAACUGA